AUGGUGCUCGGCGCGCGCGUUCGGGCGCUGGCGGUGGACGCGCUCGGGUACGCCAAGGGCGUCCCGGCGCUCGCGCUCGAUGACCGCGCCUUCCGCGAGUUCAUCGUGUGGCUCGAGGACACCAAGAUCAGGGCGAUGCCCAUGGACGCGCGCGGGCCCCUGCGCGCGGUGGACGCGCCCGCCGCCGCGUGGAAUUCGGCGUUCGCGUCGCUCGUCGCCGAGACCGGGUGCGAGUUGGACGUCGACGACGCGGCGCAAACCCCGCGGGUGUUCGACCACCUCCUCGAACAGGCUGUCGCGCUCGACUACAGGGACAACGCGGACGACUUCGGCGCGGUGGUGAAGGACCUCAAGCUGGCAUCCAUCGGUGCCGCCCCGCCCCCGCCGAAGCGUCAGAAGACGAGCGCUGGCGGGGUUCAGGGCGCGGGCGAGCGCGAAGAUGACGCGCCGAGGCCGCGGAUGCGCGGUCUGACGGAUCCCUCGCUAGUAUCCGCGCUCGAUGAGCUCGCGGCGGUGCUGCGCGUCGAGAUACCCGCGGGAUCCGGCGUCGAAGCCUCGGCGGAUGCGUGCGUCGCCGCGGUGGAAAGGUUCAUCGCGCCGUUCUGGUCAAAGGUGGAGGAGGCGGAAAGGAACGCGGGCGACGGGAAGGAAGGUCGCGGCGAUGAGCGCUGGAACCUGAGUCCGAGCGACUUUCCCAGCGGCGUGGCGCUGGGUUUCGACGAAGACGGGGACGGCGGGUGCAGUGCGGCGGCGACGGCGGCGGUGAACGUGCUGAGAGCGCUCCACGUCAACGACCUUCGGGUGUUGCAGUCCGCGGUGGACGCGCUGCUGGUGCAGAUGCAGGAGUACACGAGCGAUCCGAAGACGGACAGCAGGCUGGGAAGGGUGGGGAGCGGGUGA